CUGAAGAUGUCAAACGAGUGGGGAAACGACUGGAACACGGAUUCCUGGAACACUGGAUACUCACAACCUCAACAACCAUCAGCUCCACCCGCUGCUCCUGCUGCAGCACCUCAAGAUCAAUCAUAUGGUGGUGGUUAUUACUCUCAACAAAGUUCAAAUCAAGGCUUCGACGGGUAUGGACAGCAAAGUCCUACACAGAAUCAAUACGGAGGAUACGGGCAACAGCAGCAACAACAACAAAGUUAUGGGCAAAAUAAUGGUUUUGGAGGCUUCCAGCCACAGCAAUUAAUGUCGGAUCCUAUGUUAAAUGCAGCAAAACAAUUUGGAGGUCAAUUUGCAGAGCAACAAAAGGAGAAGCUCACGAAGUACCUUGGAACAUUCAAUUUGAAGUAUUAUUUUGCUGUCGAUAACGCAUACGUCGGAAAAAAGCUUGGAAUACUCUUCUUUCCAUUCUUUCAUAAAGAUUGGUCAUUGAAGUUUGCUGGAUCAGCAGACCCAGCUCCAGCAAGAGAAGACGUUAAUGCUCCUGACUUGUACAUUCCACUGAUGUCAUUCCUCACAUACAUUUUGGUUUCUGGAUUUGUGUUGGGAACACAAGGACGAUUUUCUCCUGAAAUUCUGGGCAUCCUUACCUCGAACGCAUUAAUUUGGGUAAUCCUGGAGAAUAUUGUAAUUUUCAUCUCGAAAUACAUACUCAAUAUUUCUCAAUCACUGUCAGUGUGGCACUCGUUGGCGUAUUCGACAUAUAAGUUCGCGCACAUGAUAGUCUGUCUGCUUCUGUUCAUGGUCGGUGACAAGACAUUCUACUAUGGAGCACUGGCGUAUAGUUCAUUGGCUCUCGUGAUAUUUUUGCUUCGAUCCGUCUCCCAUUUCAUGUUUGACUCAUCAGGUUCGUAUGGAUCAGAAGAAGGACGAAAACGGAAAUUGAUUCUUGUGGCGUUUGUAGUCAUAACUCAACCACUUAUUAUGUGGUGGCUUACAAGUGUCGCAAGUAACUACGAUUAUGACAAAUUCGGAUUGGCCCAGAUGGCACUUUCAAAAAUGACCGGUGGCUCUGGAUCGAAAGCGAAACAAUUUAUGACCAAUGAUGGCGAUAUCGAUUACGAAGCACUUUUGAAAAUGCCAAAAGAUGAUUUUGAAGGAAUGUAAUUUUUUGAGCACAAUAUGACAAUUUGCUGUUUUCUUUCAUGCUCCUCUUUUUUUCAUAUUUACUCGACUUCUGUGAAAUAAUUUGAGUGCCUUAUUCUUGUUCCCUUGUCUGAAAAUGUGCGUGAAUUUACAUUUAAUUUAUAUCCUUAUAAUUUAUUUACUUGAGGUUCAAUUUUUUCAACGAAUGAUUUUUCUUUCUUUGUUUUUUUUUUGAAUAUUACUCCACGACUAGAAUUAUAUUAAAGAUUGCAGUGAUUCAAA